CCUUCUCAGGAUUAGCGGUGCUCGGGUCCGGGAGCAACAUGGCAGCAUCCGUGAGGCGCUAGCUUUAGGAAAAGAGAGCGUUUGGUGUCGCUGCCUUGCGGGAUUUUGACAGGUUGCAGCUUUCCACGACCUCCCGAUUUAAGGAAGCGUGUACCGAUAGGUGGACAGCUUUAGUUAUCGACCGUUCGCUCUCAUCCCCACUUAGGAGCAGAGUCCUGAGCGCUGACCAGCAUGAGCAACAUUUACAUCCAGGAGCCUCCCACGAACGGGAAGGUUUUAUUGAAAACUACAGCUGGAGAUAUUGACAUAGAGUUGUGGUCAAAAGAAGCUCCUAAAGCUUGCAGAAAUUUCAUUCAGCUUUGUUUGGAAGCAUAUUAUGACAACACCAUAUUUCAUAGAGUUGUACCUGGUUUUAUAGUCCAAGGGGGAGAUCCUACUGGUACAGGGACUGGUGGAGAGUCUAUCUAUGGAGCCCCAUUCAAGGAUGAAUUCCACUCACGGUUGCGUUUUAAUCGGAGAGGACUGGUUGCCAUGGCAAAUGCUGGUCCUCAUGAUAAUGGCAGUCAGUUUUUCUUUACAUUGGGUCGAGCAGAUGAACUUAACAAUAAGCACACCAUCUUUGGAAAGAUUACAGGGGAUACAGUAUAUAACAUGCUACGACUGACAGAAGUAGACAUUGAUGAUGAAGAAAGACCACGUAAUCCACACAAAAUAAAAUGUUGUGAGGUUUUGUUUAAUCCUUUUGAUGACAUCAUUCCAAGAGAAAUAAAAAAGCCAAAAAAAGAGAAACCAGAGGAGGAAGUAAAGAAAUUGAAACCCAGAGGCACAAAAAAUUUUAGUUUACUUUCAUUUGGAGAGGAAGCUGAGGAAGAAGAGGAGGAAGUAAAUCGAGUUAGUCAGAGCAUGAAGGGAAAAAGCAAAAGUAGUCAUGACUUGCUUAAGGAUGAUCCACAUCUCAGCUCUGUUCCAGCUGUUGAAAGUGAAAAAGGGGAUGCAGCAGGAGAUUCAGAUGAUGAUGGAGAAUAUGGAAGUGCAGAGCAUGAUGAAUAUGUUGAUGGUGAUGAGAAGGACCAGAUGCGAGAAAGAAUUGCAAAAAAGUUAAAAAAGGGCACAAGUGCAAAUGUUAAGACAGCUGGAGAGAGUGAAGUGGAGAAGAAAUCAGUUAGCCGCAGCGAAGAGCUCAGAAAAGAAGCAAGACAAUUAAAGCGGGAACUCUUAGCAGCAAAACAAAAGAAAAUGGAAAAUGCAGCAAAACAAGCAGAAAAAAGAAGUGAAGAGGAAGAGGCUGCUCCAGAUGGUGCUGUUGCAGAAUACAGACGAGAAAAGCAAAAGUAUGAAGCUUUGAGGAAGCAGCAGGCAAAGAAAGGAACUUCCCGUGAAGACCAGACCCUUGCGCUGCUGAACCAGUUUAAAUCUAAACUCACUCAAGCAAUUGCUGAAACUCCUGAAAAUGACAUUUCUGAAACAGAAGUAGAAGAUGAUGAAGGAUGAACCUGAGGUGAGAAGACAGAAGGACACCCCCUUUCUUUUUGGCUUCAGAAGUAGGAGAAAGUUCCAAAGAGAAAAAGAGGGAUAUGAUAAAGGUGUUCUGGGGAACAGAUGCUAAGCCACCACAAAUAAGCCAGUGUUUGGAAAUGUGCCCUAUCUUUCCCUCACCGCUGUAAUAUCAAUUGUAUUACAGAUGUUCACAAAGCAAAAUGUUGUUUUCUAAACUCACAAAGUCUCUGUUGUUUAUUAUGAAAAGUAUUACCACUGGAUCUAUUUGUAUUGAAGUACCCCGUAGGUUUCUCUACCAUUCCUCCAAGACUGUGUCCACCUAAAACAGUGUGGUUUUAUCCCUAAAACAGAGGGGACCACAGGCCUCUAGGGCACAGCCAGAAGACUAGUAUUCAUCGGUUUAAAAGAUAACUGAAUGACAAAAUUAAAACAGGUUGACUGAACGCGCCUCAUCCUGCUUUAAAUUGCAAGGAGCAGAAAGAUCUGAAAUUCUACAGAGAUUAGAAUCUUACCAGAAUUUCACCAUGAUAAUAAAACUCAUUUUGAACUUAACUGAAUAAUAGCAAUAACAAUUUUUUAAAAGCUUAAGAACAUGGUUAAAUUAUCUGUCAUAUAUAGUAUUAAAUGUGCUUAUAGUAAAAUCUUUGGAAAUGUCACAGGAACGUUUUUGGGCCAUGUGAAUUGCAAAAAUGAAAUAAAAUGAGUUCAAAGACCAAAAAAAGAGAAAACGUAAGACAAUUAGCCUGUAUAGUUCAUUCUAAUUUUAUAUUUAUUUGGAUUUAUUUUUCUCUAUGUACUUGCCCUAGGGAUGUUAUCCUGAAACAGUGAAGUCCGGUAGCCAUCUCCUUUGUUAUCUAUGGUGAUGCUGGGCAUUGUGGAGAACAAAAAGAAAAGCAACUCCUGGCAAUUGUUUUUUCUCAUUUUCUGACAAGCCAUUUUUUUCACUUUGGUUGAAGCUGUCAGCGAGGUGAAAGUUAAAAUGAACUCUAGACCUCUCCUUUCUCAAUAGGUAAUUGAAGAAAUGCAGAUCGCUCUAGAAUUUUUAAUGGUAUAAUAUCAAAACACACAUUAUCACAUGCCCUCAGCUCUCUGUAUGCUCUGUGGCCACGCAGUCAGUAAUGCAUCUGCUGCAUCUAAAAAUGGGGACACCAUAGAAAAAGGUCAUUAAAAAGUGUGAGGAGAUGAGUGGUUUGCUGCUGUUGUUUUUAGAACAAGUUCAAUAAGCUAUGGUGUCCUUAUCAAACUGUCACUACCAAGUCUCUUGAUAGGAUCUGACGUGUGAGGUACAUAAACCUGUGCUGUUGUAUCACUGUGGCCUGAAUGGAAAAGGUUAGAUAAAUGCAGAAUAUUGCCCCAACAUGCUGUUUAAUCUUGGCGAUAACAAGAAAGAAAAUGGAUGUGUGAAGUGAGUUACCAUUGAGGGUUGUAUCAGUAUAAGCAAUUUGUAUGUACGGGGUGUAGAGAAGUUAAGAGGGGUUACAUUCUUUAACACCGUCAUUCACAAAAAAAAAAAAAAAAAAAAAAAAAAAAAAAGCAGGUCUGGUUUCUCUAUGGCUUUGACUCCUUUCCAGUGACUCUAUACAGUUUAUCAUGGGGUACCACUUCUGCUUACUAGAGACCAGGAGGUUUUCCCGUCUCACAUAUAUUUUAUCUCCUUUCUUUUAGCUUUUAAUGAAGAGAGGUGAAACAGGAGCCAUAUUUUAGAGAAAUCCUUUCUAAUAAGGAUUCGAUGAAAUCUGAAUUCCUAGAGAAAUAAAACACCAAAUCUUACUAAGAUGGGUAUUAGAAGUCCCCUGCUUGUACAGAGAAUACUCAUUUAUUCCCCCAAAUCUUCCUUGACAAAGCUAUACUUGAACAUCUUUGUCACAGAUGCUAAGGGUUGUGCUAAUCCCUGUGCAGAGUUUUCAGUGGUACACAGCUAAAUUGGCUCCCUAAAAAAACAGAAAGCAAGAAAAGCCCUGAUUUGCAUCAUUUGCUGACUUCUGUGGUGUAAAUACUCUCACCAUGGCUGAUUUCAAGCCACCAAAGGUAGCUCCAGGAUACAACUGGUUAUUUUUCCCAUUCUGUUUCAUUGCUAGCUAAAAGCUUAUGUAGUAACUCUUGCACUGGCACUAAAGAAUUCACAAAGGUUUUUAACCUUUUUCCAAGAUGACAACCUUCAAGAGUAUUUCUCUUUUAUGUGAUUACUUCAGACAAUUUGGUGAAGUUCUAAAUUGUAGCAACAUCUGCACCCUAUGCUUUUUAUGACUAGUUUGUACCUUUAGAUUCUCUGUUGAGGGAGUUUUCCAAAGUCACUUGGCUCACAUUUAUUUUUCCCUCUGCUCAUCUUUUCGCCUCAGUUUAGUCCAAAUCUCACAGAAAAAAAAAAGAGGGGGGAGAAAGGAAGGAAAUGUAAUUAUAGUUCUUUGAAUUAUUCUCUGUAAGUGAUAAUGUACAAAUCCAUCAUUUAUAUUUUUUUGGAAGAUAUUUUGGGUUAGGGAUGGAGAAUCCUACCUGGAGGGAAGACUGGCUUCUAAGUGAAAUGCAGACAGGAAUCUGGUCUCUCUCUUCCACAUCUGCUCGGGAUUAUUCCUUUAAGUUCAGAUCAUGAUAUUAAUUCAUGUUAUUUGAUCAGCAAAAACAUAUUCGGGAGGCUUUCUUCAGAGCACCAGUCAAAAAGAAGGUGUUGUCUUUUAGAAAAUUGUUAUUUUCUCAUUCCAUGAUGCCAGAAAUGAUAAUCAUUGCUGCAGUUCCAGAACUUUUUAAUAAUCAGGAUAAUUUUGAGAGCAGAAAACUCUUAAGUGACUUUCCCAUUUAUUUUCUGACUAAUCUAGUUGGAGCUUUAUUAUUCAAGUGUUUUAAUAAUAUAUUUGAAAUGAAGGGCAUCAUGUAAAAAAAAUAAAUGACUAAAGUAGUAUAUAUUCUAUGGCUAGUUCUCAACGGUUAUGAAUAAACUUAAAAUUUCUGAAUUA